AUGAAGCUAAUCGAGUUCAGACUGGCCAUGCCUCUGUCCAUGGAGGAGUACAAUAUCUGCCAUCGGCACCUACUAGCAAAAGUGACAGAGGAGGAUACAACAAAUACGAUCAAUGGAGUGGGAAAAAAUAACAGAAUGGAUGUAAGAAAAGUAGUAUUAUUUAAAAAGGGUACGGUGCAUGAUGAAAAUGGGAAGCCAGUAGAUUACACAUUCAAAAGAUUGAACCUUGUGAACAAAAUCCCAAAAUGGAUACAAAAUUUUGUAGACCCCAAAUAUUGUCUUGUAGAUGAGAAAUCUUGGAGCGUUGAUCUCAAUUCAAAGGUUCUGUAUGAAGCGAAGGGAUUCCCUAAGGCAUGUGUGAAGAUAGAAUCAACGUGUCACAUAGGGCACAACACAGAGGAUAAUGUGUUUAACCUUUCCGAUGAGUUACUGGCACAGAGGAAAGUUGUGCUGAUCGAUAUAGUGAACGAUAAGAUACCCCCUGGAGAAUACAGGACUGAGGAAGAUCCAACAAUUUUCUAUAGUGAAAAAGCCCAAAGAGGAAGGCUAGAAGAAAAUUGGAUUGAAAAUAGCAAAGUGAUUAUAACAUGCUAUAAGCUCUUCAGUAUAGAUAUACCGUACUUUGGAGUUCUGUGCUCGAGAUUCGAAAACUGGAUCGUGAAUAUUAUUAAGAACAGCCUCCUGAAAUAUCAUCGUAGGGCAUUAUGUCAGAUUGAUGAAUGGUAUAACUUAACCGAAAAAGGGAUCCAUAUGUUCGAAGCAGACUUACAGGAGCAGUUGGAGAAUUUCUGGAAAGAAGUUGGACUUGAUGUAGAAAAUGAUUCGACGCUAGCUGUGCAGUAUAUGGCCAAACAACAACCUCGUGUUGCUUCUGAUCAAUAUGUUAAUAAUUGUGGCAAUGGGGAUGACAAACUAAUGGAUGACGGGUCUCGCGAUUCUAUAAAGAACGGUUCUUCUGAUGGAGACUCUACCUAUGCUUCUUCUUCUCAAAUAAGUAAGGAUAAUAUGAAUUUUCCUAGCAUCGAAACUGGAAGCCUUUCCGGUUUAAACAUGAGCUCACCUGAUUUAACGGAAAAUUUGGACGAGAAAUCAGCGACGAAAGGCAAAGGCAUGAAGAAGAAGAAAAAAAAAAAAAAAAAAAAAAAUGGAUGCGAAGAGGAGGAAGGAGAAAACGAUAAUAGUACAGGUAAGAAGAACGCAAAGUCGGGAGAAAAAAAAAAAAAAAAAAAAAAAAAAGAGGGACAAGUGGAAGAAAAAGUAAAGGAAGAUUUUGAUCCAUUUGGAAGCGAAGGUAACCAUGUAGCAGGAGGAGAACAUAAUACUAAAGUCGCAGGUGUUGAUAUAUCAACCGAAGCUGGAGAAGGAUCGGAGACAAGCGAUUCGAGUAGGUUGAAUGUGAACGAGGAACCAUACGAACACGAAGAAGAACCCACUGGAGACUUCAAAUUAGGAGAAGACGACGGCAGCGAAGAAGUGGUAGAGGAAGGACAUGAGAAAAUGGAAAAGACAAAGAGUAGCAAAUCAUCAAAUGGAAAAUGGUUAAAGGAUGAUAUCAUGCAGGAGGAAUCUGUUAAGUUGUUAACCUCAACUACAGAAGUAGGCUUGACGGAGGCAGGAGAAGAAGCAGAGAAAAAUAGAAUGCCCGCUACACCUGGUGUUACCAAAAUGAGGGGGCGAAUGUUAAGAGAAGUCAAUAAAAUAGACGAGGAUAUGCUCAUAACGGAGAAUGAGGAGGAAGCAGGAGAAGCAGACGACAGUGAUACCAUGGCGGAGAAAAACUUAAGCAAGGAUGUGCUCGAAAUGGGAGCAGAAACCAAAGCUAAUCUGACAUCUGCAUAUAAGAGUGGUGACCAGGCGGAUGAUGAGUAUACAACGUAUGAACACACAGUAAACGAAGGAGAGGAGAACCCGUGGAAGUUACACUACAUCUUCGUAACGAAGAAUAAAAUGAGCUCUACCGAGGGUGGAAUCAUGAAUCCUUUCUCAACAGAAAAGGGCUUGAAAAAUAUGAAUGUGCAGAGGAUCGAAAAAUUUAAAGGAGGGGAUGACCUACUUAUGCUUAACCCCAUCACCAAAAGAAUGAAAAUGAUAAAUUAUGAAAAUGAAAUAUGGAUGAGGGAGGCCAUGAUUGAUACUUCGAAUAAUGGGGAAGGAGUGAAUGACAUGUUUUUCUCACGCAGGGACAAAUACCUUUGGGAGGAAAGAGGAACUGGUCAUCUGUUCACCCCAACGGAUAUGAAAAAUUUCUACGCAGACCAAGGGGGCGGAAGACUAGAGUGGGUAUUUUCGAGCAGACAAUCAGUUUCAUAUAAGGGUGGAGAUGGCAUUUUGAACUCCUAUAACGCGGUUAACAGUGUGACGGAAGACAGCCAAAUGAUAAACAAUUUCGCACAACACAUGGAGAGUAUACAUAACUACAAUACAGAUGACAUGUCACGCAAAGAUAGCAACACAUCCCUUGCCCUUUUUUAUGUUAUGGCGUUGGUGUUUUUUGUGUAUUCCUCCAUGUCAAUUCAUAAACGUUUUAAAUCCCUUUUUUACUUCCUCUUGUCUGCUCUCAUGUGCGUAUGUGCAUUCUUGUAUUAUGAGUACUGGAACCACUCUUGGUUCUACCAAGGCAAUGUUUACAAGUUCUCCAUGAGCAGCCCCCCUGGGAGCAUCAACUCAGUCACAUCAUUCCUAGAUGUUCAGAAGAAGCAAAAUUCCCAAGAGGAGUUUUACAAGAAUUUUUACAAUACCCUUAGCGAGCUGAACAAGUCGACAGUGAACGUGAACUUUGCAUCGAAAUCCCUCAAUGGACAGUUUCAAAGCACAAUUUUGAACAACAUCCAUGAUAUUUUUCUUCGUGAAAAUGUGAAGUAUUCUCACUGUGCGGACAACUUAUAG